ACGAGAGAUCAGCUGGCUGACUUAGUGAGCGGACAAAAACGCAUCGCCGUCAGAGUAGCAAGAGAGCAGAAAGCGUUGCCUUUCCUAUUGCAAAACUGUAUCCUGCUCCUGUGGUCCGCGUUUCACAAAUCUAGUUUCCGUUGGUGUCCAGAUUCUCAAUCGACAGCAGAUUUUAGAAACAAAAUGCUCCUGACGUCCGGCCCCGCGACCGAGGACCGGUUUCUCGUGCAAAGGGCGUUUACCAAGGAAGAAGUGGCGAAACAGGAUCACCUGCUCGUCGUGAACGACAAAAUCUACGAUCUGAAGAGGUAAGGGGGGAAUUUGAGAUCUCAAUGCUACUUCUGAGAUAGAAAUCUCAUUCGAACCUAGUUGCACUUGCAACAUGAUGCGGACGAAAAUGAUAAAUAUUUUUCCAUCCCCUCCCUUCAGGUUCAGCCAGCGAAACGAGGGUGGCGCAGAGGCACUACGAUCCAUGGCAGAGACCGAGGAGAAGGCGGACCGGUAUGUGAUAGGGAGAAUACGCGACGACAAAGCGAGUUCCUCAACGUCCUCUGCAUUCGGUGAAGCAUCCAGAAGUGCAUCAACAAACGAAAACGCCAUGGCACGACCGGCGCAACAUCCCAUGGACACGAUGAACCGGAUAUUUGCCAAGCAACCCUACGACACAAACCAGCACCCGACAGUGGACACGAGGUUUGACCAGGACAGAGGGCAGGUAUGGACAGUUCGUCCUCAUCGUUUUUCUCGACAUCAUCUGCAUGAGCAGCCUGUUUUUCUUUUGCUUAAAGGGUUCUCCGCUGAUUCGGUCUGCAUCUCCACCCAUAUCACUUCCAGGCAACCACGGCAGCGGGUGGCAGACCCGAGGCCAGCCGGCCAGAGGAGAAUCGGAAUGUCUUCACCCCCGGACCACUCCUCUUGACCACGACAGCCGAGGAGCUGCAGUUAGUGGGGAAGGGCGGGAAAGACGACAUUUGCACGCCCAGCACGCAAGCGGCUUCUUCGGUUGCCUUUUCCUCCAUGGCCUCCAUGCCGUCUAUGUCCUUUGCCAACUCACUAGCCGGGGGUUUCGCGUCGAUGCCGUCCCACUGUGGACAGUAGGGUGCGGAUGAGCCUGGCCCUACUUUUUUUUUUGAACGCGAACAGAGGACGGGACGUUUGCAUUCCUUUUAACACUGUUCGAACCACAAACAACUAUUAUCCACAGCAGCACAACUACCUAGUAGAGAGCAUUAAUUAAUUCAGAAAACGCAAGUAAUUUUUCCGUUGUCACAAAUCGAAUGAGCAGCAUAGGCGACUGUCUAUCAUUUUGUCAUAAACCAAUAUCGGCUUGUCUGAAAAUGUUUUAGGCGACCGAAAAUCGCGAGGCUAUCAGCAAUUGGCAGCGUGCAUUGAUGUUUUUUUCGCGAAUCCUCUCAGACAAUGAUAUUUUGCACCAUUUCAUGCUUUUUUGAAGACCUAGCUACAAAGAUUCUUUUUUUGUCCUAUGCAGCCUUUUCCCUGCCCUUACGCAACGCGGAUGACCGAGUAGAGCCAGAAAAAGAAACAUGCGCAAAUAAUGAACAACCAUAAGAUGCAUUGAAUAACGCGAAGCACAUCGGCAUUUCAAUUCUUGCAGCAGCGGGCUUUGGAAUCUUGAAAGGUAGUAUGGAACGAAGUUUUUUGCAACUACGAGAGAUCGUUCAAAAGGUCC